AUGGAAAACGUUAUAUGUUCUUGUUCCAACUGCAAGUCGGAGUUGGGGUGUUUUAGAAACUCCUGGAAUGGGAUUGGAAACACCUAUUACAGCCCCGUGUAUCCUCCAGCGUCAGUCAUCAAUGGAUUCGAGGCCACGAGCAACAUCUACAAAGCGACAGACAAGACCCAAAUAGAAGGAUCAAACCAGCUCAUAUUGAGAUUGUCUGAGAUGUCGGUGACAUCGGAGCGGACUGGCGAGGAGGCAGUUAUUUCAGUGCAGAAAAAGUUUUCACUGACCCAUCCUGGUGCAAAGAAGCCCCCAGCGGUGCGAAGGGCAGCUACCGUGCAACCAAGCCCUCGAGCUCAAACUCCUAGCUCUCUUGGCCAGGGACAUAUCGCCAAGGGUGCCAUGUUACCUCCCCCAGUGGACGAUAAGCUUCAACGAGAAUUGGAGAAGUUCAAAGUAUGGGCAACGGACGCUAUCAAAGGUCAACAAAACGACAUCGAUCGGUUUGGUGGAGCCAUUGACCGUAUUGAGAGAGAGCUGAAGUCUUUCAAAGAUUUCAUGCAAGAAGUUCGUACCGAGCUUGCAGCUCAUAGUCAAUCGCAAGCGAGUCUAAAAGAGGAAGAGCUCCCAGUUCUUAAAGAAGAGUUUCAUAUGCUUCGGAAUGAGCUUGCUGCCCAUCGUCGAUUCCAGGAGAGUUUAAAGGGGGAGGAACUUCCAGUUCUUCAAGAGGAUCUGGAUGCCCUUCGGACCGAGCUUGCUAAAACCCAGCAGUUGCAACAUGAACUUAAACAUGAAGAUCUUGCAAGGGUUCGACAAAGCGUUAACGGGUUACGGCAGAACUUUGACUCGAGAGAGGAAAACAUAAAAUUGGCAGAAAAAGCUACCCGGUUAGCACAGGAUAAACUGGAAACAUUCACAGAUGAUGUCCGAAAAGCCAACAGCGCAGCCAACGAGGUCAAUAUAUUGAGAGGAGAAUUUGAACACCUGAGAGCACGGCUCUCGUCAAUGGAAAACGCGGCACAGGAGGCCCUGGUUUUUCGAGAAGCCAACAGCAGAGCCAACGAAGUUGAUGUAUUGAAAGCAGAAUUUGAACACCUGAAAGAGCGGUUCUCGUCCAUGGAAAAGGCAGCACAGGAGGCUCUAGUUUCGCAAGCAGCCAAAGCCCCUGAGACAAGAUCCGCCACCCGCCGUCAUCCUUCAGAUCAAGGGAAUGUGGAGUUCCUAGGGAGUCAAGGCAAAGAUUCUGGUUAUGGAAACUCUCAGCCGUCAAUAAGUAGACAUCUCGUUCGACAGCCGUCGUAUGAAGGAGAAGUGGAAGAACCAUCUCUACCGAAGCGCAGGCAUUCUCGACUGAUGGACAAUGACGAGGAGUCUCGUGAACGCCCUAUCAAGAGGCCAAGGCACUCGACCAGACUAAAGCUUGCAAAAGAUCAUUCGGCGAAUGGCACCACAGAGCCGUCACAAAUCCAGCCCGAAACGCCACAAUCUCCCAUAAUCAUAUCUUCGAAUCACGGCACACCCUCACCUAUUCUCAGCCAUCACGACGUUCAGUAUGAAGAUGAGGCAUCAAAUUACCAGGAUGGGGAUGAAAACAGCAACCAGAAUGAUGAUAUGCAGUCUACUCCUAAGCAGCGACCUACUAAUUCAGAGAAUCUAGAAAGGAGAAAACCUGUUGCACAUCCUAGAAGAGCAUCUGGUUCAACCACCUCUUCUGCUAGCCAGCUUAAAGAAACUGCAGAGUCAACGCGAAUAGACUCAACCUCUAAACUUUCCGCGGCAAAGAGGCUUCGACGACCAACCGCUAAGCCUGGCACACCCUCUUUGCCCAAUAUCUCUUCCGAGAACAAACCCCUUCCAUCCACACCCAUGGUUAUAAUUCGCAGCGUUAUUGACCAUUCAGUCCAAGAUAAGCCUGCUUCAGACCCUGUACACAAGAACUCCAAGCCAAGCAGCGGCGUCGUCUCCACCCCAGCAGAUAAAAUAGAAGGAGGCUCAUUUCAACAGGAGCUGAAAGGCUCAGCGCCCGUGAGCAAAGAUCCCAAGAUCCACUCGAGCACUCAAUUAUAUCAAGCGAAAAGGACAGCGUCAGAUAAGGAGAACAAGACGCCUGCGCGAGCCAGACAGUAUACUCCUGAUGAACUCAACACGACAGAUGACGCUCUAAUGAGUUCUACCCGGAAGCGUACAUCAGAUGGUGCGAUAAUCAUGAAGCGUAGGAUCUCCAGUAACGUCUUGAUAAACUCAGCAGGUAAGAUUGAUAACCAUUCUUAUUGA